GCGGCAGCUAGCAAACAGGCGGCUGCAACUAGCCGACGACAACGAAGGGAAGACCGCGGCUUCCUACUGAGUGAGCGGCGACGGACGAGGGGACGGACUUACGGACGGAGCAACGAGUGUCCGCAAACGCAAGUAAGUUCGUUCGCCUAAACAACGACGGCCCAGUCAGUAGUAGGUCGCAGGCCGCGCUGAGCUGCCAUCUAAAGCCGAGCUGGCCAAGCUAGUUGUCGCUGUUGCCGUUUAGGUCCAUCACUGAGACAGAAACCGCCGACCUGUCCCAUAGCUCCAAUGUUCCACAAAUAUAGCCGCUAUUGUCGUUAUCCUUAUUACUACUGUGUUCAUGCCAUUACUAGCAUUAUCAAUGGAGUUCUUCUAUGUCGAGGAUGAGUACAACUAAUGGAAGCACUGAUGUAACAACAGGUGCUAAUGAUUUAAUAAUCUACCACUGAUGAUUCACCAGCUCUGGCUUCAGCUGUUUUAUUCCACACGUCGUUUUUCCUGAGCAACAUUUUACUUUGUCUACGAUUCGUUCAAUGAAGAAGAACGAAUAGUUUGGCGGCAUCAGCCGAACGUACUUGAUGAUGCCGAUAAUGGCAAGCGGCGCCUGUAAAAGUGAAAAACACAUACAGGUACAGUAGCUGUUGCUUCUGAUGCUGAUGCCGUAACAAUAAACUCUACCACUGUGGCCAUCGCCAGCGAAACGGUCAUCACGGCCUUUUUGUCCAACAUCGACUAGGGCCUUAUAGAGGCAGCAAAAAGGAGUGGGGCUACCAACACAGUCAGUGCCAGCAUCGUCGAACUGGAAAGCGAAGCACGUAACAACGUUCGCCCUACGUAUACAACAGCAGCAGGAAAACUGCCACAAUAACAACAAACAAUCAAGCAAGUGGAAUCGCUUAAUUCGUUAGUGAAUGAUACGUUCCAACUGGAUUAAUCGUGUGAAAGAGAUAUAUCUCCAAAGCAACGAACGCAACCCGCCCCAGUGAUAGGUUCACUAUAUUGUAUGUUAGUGCUUUCUUGUUUGCUGGUGGCUGGCUGUGGAAAUCAUCUGUGGUAGUACUGUGCUACGACGUGUAUUCACGCAUCUGUGCUUGUGUGUAGGACACGUAUCUCUUUUGUUAUUUCUGUAGGUGAACGCCAAGCACAACGUAAACCUGGGUUCGUGGGAACACUACCACCUUAGCGCGUUGUCUGUAUUGUAUUGUAUUGUUUAUUGGUAUCAAGCUAGGGUCGGUAAACUGUAUUAUAUUGAACAUAGUUAUCCUAAUAGGUUGGGUGACCGAAAACCUGAGAGGGUUGUUGCAGGCGGGUUCAUUUAACCUCAAAUCGACGCCUCGAAAUUGUUGGAAAGCGUUUUAAGUCAUUGUAAGUAGACUGUUUCGCGUAGCGAACACCGCUUUUGCCGUGUCUCUGGAUUAGACACAGGAAACGCUUACUCUAUUUCGAUUUCCUUCAGCAGCCGUCGCCUGUUGCCGUUACAAUUGCUACUACUGAGUGCUCUAAUUUAGACUGCUAUUACCGACCAGUAUAUCAGCAUCAGCAGACGCGUCAUUGACGUUACGCUGGGUGCUGCUUCGUCACUACGAUCACGAUUCAAUUGUACACUCGACGACGUUCCGAGCUCGAGGGAAGUGGGACGACGUGCCCGAUUCGUACGGCUAUUACAAUCAAUAUUUUUCCAGUGCAGUGCUUUCAGUGUGGAGAAGGAACAAGACACAAAAGUCACUCCUUUAGCUGCCGAACGAAUGCCACACUUACGAGACGGAUCGUCGACAAUUCCAACGAUCAGCAGGAGAUAAAAUAAGAGAUUUCUACUGUUCGACGAGUAGAAGCCGGCUUGCGGAAUCAACCCGUCUAUGCGCGAAAUCAUGUUAUCCUCCCCAUGUCGAGUACAAGUUAGAUCUCAUGCGUAACGUCGAGAUAGUGGUCUUUCUGGAGUGGAGUUUUUCUUAAAAAGUCAAUUAGAAUACAUAAUAUCGAUUGCUAUCAGCGGGGAGGAGGAGAAGAAGAAGAAGAAGAAGAAGAACGGAACAUGAACUGCGGUGAUAAGCUGCGAUAAAUCCAAUGGUAGUUUACGUUAAUGAAUAGCGCCCUAUUAUAACUGUACCGUUACUUCCGUUACCGGCAGAAUAAUAGCUCCAUUAUCAGGUUUGUCACGACAACAAACAGCAGUGAGAUGGUUUCUCGCCACCCCCUCCGCUGAUCGCGCCACAGUUCUCUCGUAGCCAAUAACAGUCACAGUAAAGUAGAGUUUCGAGCUACCUGACGCUAAGCGUUGCCAAAUCACCACUUACAACAUGAACAUGGGUAGCGCUUUAGCAAUAAUUGUAGCCACCUGUAGCCCGCUCGGGAUGCUGGACAAUGGCAAAACAGAAAUAACAAUAAAAAUCGCAACGCUGAUAAACUAGGUACGGUCGCCAGGAGUGAGGACAGACAGCAUCACAUGUUGGCCUAUCCAGAAGCAACAAACGACCCGCGACCGCUGCAACGAAAAUAAACUUAGAAGAAGCGGCGGCUGUCGGCAGGCGCUAGUAAGCUAGAUAAAUAGUAGUAAUGUUAUGAGUAGAACUAGCAGUGAAAAAAACGUGGCUGGCUAUCGGUAGUGGCGUCAAAUAUCUGCUGGUUCACGAAGAUAAAAUAAGUUACUAAGUAAAUUUUCACACUCAUAAAAAUCUAUAAUUAUACAAUACGUCAACAAAGUGCCCCAAGUGACGCUGGUCGUCUUAGCCUGCGUGCCCGGUCUAAUCCAAAGUUUCGUAUCACACAGUCGCAAGUAGUGGCAAUGACAACGACAUCUAGUACCGCAUGAGGCAACGGCGCGCUUCGUACGCUGCUAAGUAAAUAUUUAGGUAGCCGAUGCAGUAACAGUGUUAGAAGCGAUGUUAGUUAGCCAAUACGGCAGUGCAGUAGAACGGCAGUGCAGUAGAGUCCUAGCGCAGUGUCAGACCGUUAAGGUGACGACCCUGAGCAUUUAAAAGGCGGCAUCCCUGGACAGCGGCUCAGUACCCAAGAUUGCCCUUGGGCGAAAAUCUCUUUCUCAAUUUGCUGCUGUUUGCCUACGUACCCGAAUGAAAGGAGAGACUACUAUCAACUCUGUCAUCGCUCAAUAGGACAAACACGGCAACGCUGAUUAGUCCCGUGUUUCAGAUUCUGCACGCGACGGGGCUUACGCUGUCUGUGCCAUCGUUCCGCUGCUCAGAGAGUGCAAUCUGCUGUCAAUCGCGUGGCGAUUGUUCGUAUGAAAUCGUGUUCAUUCCGUCAAAGCGUAGUAGCUUUUUCGCCCUUUUUAAGUCAUAGACCAGAGCUAGAAAACACAAUGGAGAAAGAAUUUAUGCCACGUGCGCUGGGUAUGCCCAGCCAUCAUCAACGAAGGGCCACUACUUCGAAGUUGAUUUAGUUAAAUCAAGUAAUCUAUCAGCAGCCAGAGGUCGACAACGGAAUAAACGAACUAUAGAAAAGACACUUCUAGACCAAGGCAAUAACGAAGGAAGCAUAGUGAUUUCGUCGAGUUAGAUUUGCAUUUUGAGGACUGCAAACGUGUAGCAUUUGGGCUUAUGAUUUUCCACACGGUGUCAGUGGAGUGUUAAUGUUUCGACCUAACACGCGUUCCAGGACAGCGCAGGACCUUAUAGAUAGAGCCUUGUAAGCUGAGCUACCGUCAAGUCAAUCACAACAACAUAGUAGUGGGCGUAUUCCGAGACCGUGGUUCGCUUUGCGGCAAGCUCAUAUUAAAAGGAUGCUUACAAUGUCAAUAGAAAUAUCGACAACCUAUCGCUAGUGAGAAUCGAAGGUAUAUCAGGACAAAAUUCGGCUAGUGAGUAAUUGUUAUUUAGACCCCCUGACGAUGAAGGAAAGAGGAGACAGCGAGCAUUUUCGCUACUACGAAUCGAGGCAUAUGUAGGCCGUAACGCUGAACCACCAUUUGUCAUAGCAAGGGCAGGACAAACGGCGGAGUAGACAAAAAAAAACGCAGAUCGAAGAAAACGAAAACGUCAAAUAGGUGGUGUUUUCGUAACAGAUAACAGCGACGACGCAAGAAGGAGAGGAAAUCAGGAGCGUAAAAUUUCUAUCACGCACAUACAGACAUACCGAAAAAUUUCCAGUCUGCUUGUUUCUUAUUUACUGUGUAUAACUUAAUUGCGGUGAACGAACUUGGUACUUUGCGGGAGAACGUGUUGACUAUAACUAAUUAAACUGACGCGAGGUCAUUCGUUUUCCUCAAGUGCCUUUCCGCUGUUGCGGUGGAAACUUUUCUCCGCAAAGGGCUCUUUCCUCAAAGAGAAAAUUUUAGCUAUUCCCGCGAUCAAUUAUCUGGUCAGCCACUCCUCGUGCAAAGCAGUAUUCCGAAGGGCAUAAACGCAAAUUCAAAAAUAUCAUGGUCCGGAACAGGAACUGCAAAUAGUCAAUUGCAAAUCAAACACACCAACCUAACGGCCCUUCCCGUAUUAGUAUCCAUUCCAUUAGUACGCUGUUAGCUGUCCUAGACAGAAAACAGGAACGCUUCUGCGCCACAUACGAGCUGAGAGAAUCAAAUAAAUCAAGCGAGAUCUGUGCGUUUUGUUACGCGUCGCGCUACCGAGUAGUCCCAAGAGCAAAGGCAAGCUAAAAGAGCAGGCUCAAACAGCCAAACCGCCGGCGACAGAAACAGUGGACAGGUACGACCAGGCGACACUGAUAAGGACGUCGAAAAGCAACACUUCAGAGAAGUUUUUAAUUCACACUAUCCUAUAAACUAAACACACUGUCCUAUUUAGUGUUCGCGAAAAUGUAUGGUUAGGUUGCGUACUGUUUCCGCGUGGCGGUGUGCGCGUGCCAUAGCAUUACCACGAAUCCUGAUACUACAUAUUUCUACUGCUACGAAUCGAAGUUUUUGAUCGCGCAGGUCGUUCCUCGUUCGUCUUUCUGCUUCUUCUUCAAGUAAUCAUCAUAGUAAAGUUUCGUCGGUGUCGCUACCACUAGCGCGGCCACAGUUGCCAUUAUUCACUCAAUUAGUUGCUGGUCAUUGCGAGAGUAGCGGCCGAAGAGGCCCGUGAGGAGGCUGUUCGACGCUGCCGCCUGAGAAAAACUAGGCAACGUCAGCGCCACCGUCGGUGCCGUCAUGUUGGAACCCUCAUCGUCUGAAGAUGAGGAAGGGGACGAGGGAACCGUCGAAGAUGUCUCCGAGCCGCCCACGGUUCGGGUGUCAUCUUCGGUGACGACGCUUGAGUUCCCGUCAUCAGGCAUUACUACCCGCUCGAUAUCCCCAGCAGCCACCGAGUCCGUGUCGUCGGUCUCACUGGCAGCCAGCGGAUUGCCCGCAAUUAUCCAACAAAGAUCCAACAGCUUACGGCCCACAAGUCCCGCGCCCAUUACGCUACUUCAGGAACAGGUUAAAGCCCCGCAAAACCAAUCGUCGCAGGCCCAUCAACAAGGUCAAGCUGCCGUUCAGCCUGGUAGCCAACCUCCAUCGAGCGAAGAGACGGGAGUGGACUUAAUGCCGCAGAACGAGGAGGAGGAGCGCCGCAAGAGACUCCAGCUGUACGUGUUCAUCCUGCGAUGCGUGGCGUACCCGUUCAACGCGAAACAACCAAACGAUAUGUCGCGGCGGCAGAUGAAAGUCACAAAAGAACAGCUCGAGACACUUCAGAAACGAUUUCAGGCCUUUCUUAAGGGCGAGACGACGAUUGCUGCGGAUGAAGCCUUCCAGAACGCUGUACAGAGUUACACUGAGGUGUUUCUCAAGAGUGACCGAGUAGCUAUAAUGGUUGUGAGCAGGGCCUGCUCUCAACAUGACUUCAGAGAAGUUUUCCGAAAUAAUAUCGAGAAAAGAGUUAGGUCGCUUCCAGAAAUCGAUGGUCUUAGCAAAGAAACGGUGUUGACAUCGUGGAUGACGAAGUUCGAUGCCAUCUUUCGCGGAGACGAAGAUUCCCGAAAGGCUCAAAGUCGAUUGCAGCAGCAGAAUUUAGCUGCUGAAAUGGUCCUCAGUAAGGAACAACUAUACGACAUGUUUCAGAAUAUUUUGAAUAUUAAGAAGUUUGAGCAUCAGCUUUUGUACAAUGCCUUACAGCUUGACUCCGCAGAUGAACAGGCUGCAGCGAUUCGGCGGGAGCUCGAUGGAAAAGUUCAAAAAAUUAAUGAACUUGAAAAGAAUCGCAAAUUGCUGCCAAAGUUUGUAGUAAAGGAGAUGGAAUUACUGUUCAUCGAGGAGAUGCGAAGUUCGAUAAACCAAUUAAUGGCUAACCUAGAGGGGCUACCCGUCACGAAGGGUAGUGCAGAUUCUAAAUACGGCUUGCAGAAGCUUCGACGCUACAAUCAUAGUACCUAUAUCAUUAUGCUGUGCAAAGAAGAAUACCUAGGUGAACCUGCACAAAAUGUUCAGAGGCUACAGCGGGGUCUCCGCCUUCUCUUUCUUGGCUUCUGUAAGCUCACAGACCACGCUAAACAGGAUGACUUCACAACCUUUUUUGAGCAGCAAGCGGCCAUGGCACGUUCCACCGUCCAACAACCGAGAAGGCGCCUAGUUCAAGCUGAGCAGCUGCAAGCAGUCAACUUCUACAAAUUCACCAUCAAGAUCGCAUCGUUGAAACAAAGCGAUAAGCUGACAUCACCAACAUAUAAUGAUAAGCUGCAAUUAAGAGAUUCGGUACCAGCUCAGCAAUGUCAAAACAAUAAUUUGAGUCGUCCUCAGAAUCAUUUUGCGGUAUCUCACCCAUCACAAGGAAUCGUUCGAACUGAAGGCGUUAGACGGGCAGAAACGGGAGGCGUCAAAGGUGGUGCUACCCACGGAAGUGCAUUGCGGGGGGUUCGGUCACAGGAGUAG